CUCCGUUGGAGAGAACUACCGACACGCCUCUCCUUACCAUCGCCUCACAUCUCACUACUACGACCUCAGCACUCCCCAGUUGACAGCACAAAACACAUUUGGGAGCAAACACACCGGAGACUAGCAGCUCAAGAAAACUCAGCCGGAGACCUGCCGAUGCCCAUCCGAUCGAGCAGAGCAAUGGAGGUUGCUGCGGGGGCGAUGAGCCCUCUCCUCCGCAAGCUCGGCGAGCUGCUUCUGGGUGAAUUCACCCUGGGCGACCAGGUGAAGAAGCUGGUCAAGUCCCUCCGAACGGAGCUGGAGAUGAUGUACGUCUUCCUCCACAAAGUGGGCGACGUGCUGCCGGACAAGCUCGACCCGCAGGUCCGGAUCUGGGCGGCCAAAGUCCGGGAGCUAUCCUACAACAUGGAGGAUGCCGUGGAUGCCUACAUGGUUCGCGUGUACGACGGCAGUCAUGGGGACGUUGGCCCCAACAACUUGAAGAAUAGAGUCAAGAAAUUUUUCAAGCGAACCAAGAAGUUGUUCAGCAAUGGCAAGGCUCUCCAUCAAAUCUCUAACACCAUCCAAGAUGCUCAGGACCGUGCCAAGGAGCUCGGUGAGCUCCGUCAAAGGUACGCGCUCGAGGUGCGUGCAGAUGGUGUGAGGAAUGACAUUGAUCCGCGUCUCAAGGCUGUGUAUACAGAUGUCAAAGAGCUCGUGGGAAUUGAGGGCACACGGGAUGAGUUGACCAGAAAGUUAUUUGAUGGGGAUGAGAUGUCGAGGCGGCAACUCAAGACGAUGUCUAUUGUUGGAUUUGGUGGAUUGGGAAAGACAACCCUUGCUAGAGCAAUGUAUGACAAGAUCGAAGUGCAGUUCGAUUGUAGAGUGUUUGUUUCGGUGUCUCGGAAUCCCGACAUAACAAAGAUUUUCAAGACGAUGUUACACGGACUUGACAGCAGUAAGUUUGCAAACAUCAACGAAGCUGUUAGGGACAACAAGCAACUCAUUGAUGAACUCCGAGCGUUUCUUCACGAUAAGAGGUACUUAAUCGUGAUUGAUGACAUAUGGGGUGAAGAUGCAUGGGAAAUUAUCAAGUGCGCUUUCACUGAAAAUGAUCUCGGUAGUCGAGUAAUAACGACAACCCGCAUAACCAGUGUCUCUCAAGCAUGUCGCGUAUCUAGUGGUGAUAUUAUUCAUAAAAUGAAAUCUCUUGAUGAUGAUAACUCCAGAAGGCUCUUCUACAAAAGAAUAUUCCCUCGAGAAAGUGGAUGUCCCGUUGAACUGGAGCAAGUAUCAGAAGAAAUUUUGAAGAAAUGUGGUGGCGUGCCACUAGCCAUCAUUACUAUAGCUAGCCUUUUGGCUGGCAAUGAUCAACAGAUAAAGUCAAAGGAUCAAUGGGACAAAAUACUUGGUUCAAUUGGUCGUGGACUUGCAGAAGGUCGUACUGUGGAGGAUAUGAAGAGAAUACUAUCCUUUAGUUAUUACGAUUUACCUUCUCAUUUAAAAACAUGUUUAUUAUAUCUGAGUAUAUUCCCUGAAGAUUCUUGGAUAAAUAGAGACCGAUUGAUAUGGAGGUGGAUAGCUGAAGGCUUCAUCCAAGGUGGAGACCAAGGAAUUAGACUAUUUGAGCUUGGAGAGAGAUACUUCAGUGAGCUAUUAAAUAGAAACUUGAUUCAGCCAGGAUAUGAUAAUGAAGGCAGGCUGAUAUAUUGUCAUGUACAUGAUAUGGUACUUGAUCUCAUAUGUUCUCUAUCAAGUGAAGACAACUUCGUUACUAUAUUCGAUGGUACUAAGCAAAGCAAAAUGAAUUCGGAUAGCUUGGUUCGCAGGUUAUCCUUUCAGAAUAACAUGUCAGAACCCAACACACAUUGGGUCAAUGCCACAAGUAUGUCAAAGUUGAGGUCAAUUACUCUGUUUAGAACUGAUGUUUAUAUGAUUCAGAGUCUUUCCAGCUUUGAACUUCUGCGUGUAUUGGAUUUACAAGGGUGCGACCUUAGGGAAAGUGGCCACCACAUUGAUCUUAGAUGUGUUGGGAAAUUAUUACAUCUGAGGUACCUAGGGCUACAAGGUACAUAUCUUGAUGUUCUCCCCAUGGAAAUUGGAAAGCUACAAUUUUUGCAAACACUGGACUUGAGAACGUUUGGAUCAAUGGAGGUGCCAUCAAGUGUUGUUCGGUUAGGACAUUUGAUGUGCCUAUAUGUUUAUCCAGAUAUGAGAUUGCCAGAUGGGAUAGGAAACUUGGUGUCCUUGGAAGUGCUCGAUUCUGUUACGGUGGGUGGUACUGAUGAGAUUGAGACAGAGCUAGGGAAGCUGGUGGAGCUGAGGGUGCUUCGCCUUUUGUGGGAGGCAGAAGAAGACGAGAGAGUGUGUGAAUCUUUGUUGGUGUCCCUUAACAAUCUGCAGAAAUUGUGUAGUCUAAGUAUUUCUAAUUGGGGGCGUGCAAGGCUUGAUGUCAGCUGGGACGGCUGGGUGCCCCCUCCACACCUCCACACAUUUGAGUUUAAUUGUUGUACCUCGACAUUGCCUAGAUGGGUCAACUCAUCGUUGUUCCCUGUCCUCUCCUACUUGGAACUAAGAGUGGAUAAAGUGAGGCCAGAGGUCGACUUUCAAAUCCUUGGGAAGUUGCCCACUCUUCUUUCCCUAUUUCUUGGAACAACUGGACAUCAAUUGACUCCUAUCGAAAGUUUCAUCAUUGGUGAUGAUGCAUUCCCUUGCCUGAGACGGUGCACAUUCGAAAUGUUUGAGACGGGGCCAUCUAUGUUUCCACGAGGAUCUAUGCCCAGGCUUGAAUACCUUCUGUUCGAAGUCCGAGCGGCGCGCAUCGCUAAUGGUGACUUGGACGUCCACAUGGGGCAUCUCCCUUCUCUCCAGCAAGUCAAAGUUUGUCUUUGGUCGGAGGAGUACCGCUCGCCAGUAGUGCUGAAAGCGUGUGAUAUGCUGGAGCUCGCAUUGGCCUCCCAUCAAAACCAUCCAAAGCUUCUCUCUGAUGAUUGGAUUCGUGUACAACCUAAGGAUCUGGAAGAAGAAGAGGGGCCUGCAGCAGUGGUCACCGGGAAUGACAGAGAAGGCGAGCCAGUUGUGCUGUAGAACCAAUCUUACGCAUUCAAAUCCGCA